AACGACUUUUUGAAGUGUGAAAGCGAAGGGACCAACUUCUCAUAAAUAAGUGAAGAUUCAUCGCCAAAAAUCAACAAACCUUAAGCAAAAAAAAAAAACCUCUGCAUCAAUGGCGAUUUCCAAACUCCAUCUACUCUGUCUUCUCUCAGUCUUUCUCUCCCUUCAUCGUCUUGUUCUUUCCGGCACCGAUGGAGAAGAUGACCUUCUUCUUACAGUAUUCAACAAAUACAGAACAGGACUAAACCUAAAAACCUUAACAAAGAACGAAAACGCAGAAUGUCUCGCAGACGAAGUCGUAGACCAACUAAAGAACCAACCCUGCACAAACACUAAUAACUCAGCUCCAGUCCCUGGAAAUAACCUCCUCGCUAAAUGCAGUCUCAACACAACCGUAGUCAGAGACGGUGUGAUCAUGCAAGUCUGUUUUCCUAAGCAUGAUAAGAACCCUGACUUGAGCAAUUUCAACAGUGUCGUACUCAAGAACUUGAAUGAUUCUAAGAUCACUGGAAUUGGUAUUGGUUCUGGUGAUAUUUGGGUUGUUGUCAUCCUCACUACAAACACACCGGAAGGCGGCUAUUCUCUUUUAACAACUACUAACUCAGGAGCUUAUGCAUUCGGAGUUAAUGGCCUUGUUUCUUCAAGUUUCUUGUUUCUUCUCUUUUGUUUCUUCAUGUUUUGAGUCCCUUUUUUGGUGUUUUUUAUGUCACCUCGUUGUCUUUGGUUCUUGAAUAUGUUGUGAUUAUGGUGAGCAAAUCGCCUUUCUUAAAGUUUCCUCUUACUAAUUGUGAUUGAGUAAAUACGAAAAAUCCUUUUAUAAGCCCCAAAAUCAAAUCCCAUACAAACAGGAAUGAACGUAACUAAGAAUAUGGAGCCUAGCUAGCAGCUAUAUAUGCCUAAUCAAGUCCCGUGGAGCCACGCAGCACGGGGCAGAGAGGGAGAUUCUGCAGUCAGCAGAAGCCACCAUUUUCGCAAGAUAAGAUAAGAGAGUUUCCAUGGAGUUGCAUUUUAGUUGAUUCUUGGAAGGAUCAUUUGUUCUACCCUAUCUUCAUCAAGUCAUACAACAUCAGUUUUUGUUUUGUAUUCAGAUUUUAAGACGUUCCUCUAUUGUCUAUUUGUCUUGAUCUGUCUUGCAAUGGCAUAUUCUGCUGGAGGAAACCUAUGUCAAGGAAAGAUACACAAAAUUUGCCGGA